AUUUGUAUAUAUCAAUGACUUAAUUAGUAUAAACCUCGACUCUUUGUGUCUCGGUGGUUACUCUGAAAACUAUUUCACAUCUUGAUCUGUACUGUGGAUCUUCUUACUUCUAAGUUUUUGGUGUGAUUUUCAAAUGGCUGGAACUGAGAGCUCAGAGACACCAAUUUUAAAGCUGAAUCUUCUUGUCGACAAGGAGAAGAACGAGGUUGUCUUUGCUCAGGCUGGUAAGGAUUUUGUUGAUGUGCUCUUUGGUUUUAUGGCGCUGCCAAUGGGUACUAUCGUACGAAUGCUGGAGAAGAAUAAGCAGAAUUCUGCUCCAAUAGGCUGUUUCAACAAUCUCUACAAAAGUGUUGUUGAUAUGGACAAAGUUGAUUUCACGACUGAAGAUUGUAAGGAUAUGCUUUUGUAUCCGAGGUGCAAUUUGAUGAGGGACGAGUUUAAAGUACCUGAAGGUGGUUCUGAUGAAUUAUUUGUUACCCCAAGGACCUCUUUCAUCAUUAGUGGAAAUAUGAAAGUGGAAUUUGCUUCUUUAAUUCGCGCCAUCAAAAUACUUGUUGGACUCGGUCAUAAUAAUUUUGAUAGACUGGAGGAGAUGUUUGUAGAUGUUAAUCAUGAAGAGGUUCUAUCUCUGCUCCAUUGCUUGUUCUUUUCGGAAACUCCUUUCACUGAUGUCUUCUUGAAGAAGCAUAGCUCUUGUGGUAUGACAAGGUCGCAUGACAUGCCAAAUCUACAAGCGCAAGAUGGAGGUGAAGCAGGACCAGAUGAAGUUGUGUCACUCACUCUAUUUGUUAGGAAGCAGGACAUGAAGUUUCUUUAUGCUGAAAGCGGGCAAGACUUUGUGGAUCUACUUUUCAUUUUCCUGGCUAUCCCUUUGGAAUCUGUAUGGGAAAUAACUGGAUGCAAUAUCGAGCUAGGAUGCAUUGGCAACUUUUGUAGAAGCUUGAAGAACUUGAGCUCUAGCGGAAGCACGAAUGCAUCUAGUAACACAUGUAUGCUUCCUUGGCAAUAUAGGCUGCAGAAAUCGUUGCUUGGGGUCAGUUAUCUAAACAGUGACGGUAGUCCUCAAUUGACACCUCAUUGUAGCAGUGGGUUUGUGAAGAGCGGGGUAACAUACAUGGUCUCAGAUGAUCUUACUAUUUGCAUAAAGAAGAAGUUUGAAGUGAACUUGGAUGAUAUUGAGGAGCAUGAAAUCAACAUUAGCAAAACACAGGCCAUCGGAUUACUAAGAGCCUCAUUCAUGACAGCCACUGCUUUGACCACGGCUUUCGAGAGCUUUCUUCCCAAGAAACCUAAAGAAGAGAAACUCUAAAGCAUCAAUCAUAUGCCUCUCUUGAGCAUAUUGAUUUCAAUUUUAGGUUUUGUUGUUUGGAGUGGUACUUGAACAAGUUACCUUCUCUUUUACCACUACUGUUAAGUACACCUUUUGUUCUUGAACCUUAAUGUCUCUUCAGUUUCAGUCUUCAUAUGACUUUACUUAAUUUAGAAGUGUUAUCAUUUUCACAAUGACAAAUAAUCUAAAUACACGAUCAGGUUGGUG